AUAAUCGAGUGUGCCAGUAAACUACUGUAAACAAAGCGAAAACUCAUAGGACAAGAAUUAAAAUUUUCUCGAAACAUGGAUUUGAGGAGUUUCUGCGAAGCGCUCCCCAAGAUAGAGCUGCAUGCUCACUUGAAUGGUUCAGUGAGCCCCCAGACACUCAAGAAAUUGCAAAAAUUAAAGGGCAAUGACGAUGAAUCAAUACCUGACAUCGAGAUGUUCACAUCGUUAAAAGAGUGUUUCCAAAUGUUCAAUCUCGUCCAUUCUUUAACCGACACUCCAGAAGCAGUAUUUCUCGCCACAUGCGAUGUAAUUCAGGAGUUUCACGAUGAUAACGUGAUUUAUCUCGAGCUCCGAAGCACCCCGAGAUCGGUGAAGGGUCAGAUGACAAAGGAGGAGUACAUCGAGGCCAUCAUCAAAGCCAUUGAGACAUGUAAAUUUAAAACUCCUGGGAUACUCGUUAAAUUAUUAAUCUCAGUGAAUAGAAAAGACGGAUCGGCCAAUGCUGAGGAGAACAUUAAAUUAGCGAUUAAAUGUCACGGAGAGCAUCCAAUGACAAUCGUCGGUAUUGAUUUGAGUGGUGAUCCGACGGAGGGGGAGGCUUACAUUAAAUUACUGCAGGAUUGUCGCGACGUGGGAUUAAAAAUUGCUGCACAUUGCGCUGAGGUUCCAAACGAGGAAGAAGUCAUAGAUAUUCUAAACUUCAAGCCAGACCGCCUCGGUCACUGCACGAAUAUUCACCCCAAUUUGAAAGGGACUGAAAAAAUCUACAAAAUGCUUCUAGACUCUCGAAUUCCCGUUGAAUUGUGUCUUACGUCGAAUAUGAAAUGCAAAACUGUGGCAUCCAUCACUGAACAUCAAUUUGCAUAUUUUUAUACAGAGAAACAUCCAGUGUGUAUUUCAACGGAUGAUAAGGGAGUUUUCAAUACGAGCUUAUCGGCGGAGUUUCAACUCGCUGGUAAACACUUUGGCCUAGAUAACGAGGAGCUGAAGGAUUUGUCCUUGUCUGCUGUUGAAUACUCAUUCGCUACGAAUGAGGAAAAAUGCAAACUAUCGGAGAAGAUUAGAUUAUUCUCUUGUUCCAAAUGACUGUGAUUGAAACUGCGUUAAAAAUAUUCAGCUUGGAAUUGUAAUGGCUAUUUUUCUAC